AAACUAAAGAUUUUGAAACCGAAAGUAGUUUACAAAUAAUUUGAAAAAUUUUCAAAUUUCUCAUUGGAAUUUGCAUUUAUAUAUUAUUUGUUAUUAACAAAUAUUAACAAAAUAAUUUAAUCAAAAUGGUUGGUAUGAGCCAAAAGAGUCUUUUCAGUAAAAAACAUAACCGAUAGGUCUGACGCAUUCACAAAAAUUUGGGAAACUAACAUGUCCAGCACAUUUACAGAAAGUGGGGAAUGUGAUGAUGAGAUUACGUUGGUGUUUGAUAACAGCAACAAACUUUAUGCUUCUAAAAACUUUCUACGAUACGCCUCGCCUGUUUUCAAGGUAAUGUUUGAUCAUGACUGGCAGGAGACGAAGGAGAACAGGGUAUCAUUGCCAGGGAAAAAAUACGACGAUUUCCUCGAAUUUUUGCUUUGUGUACACCCUAGGAUUUUAAAACCAAUAACAGAAAAGAACGUCCUACGGCUCGUGAAAAUUGCAGACGAAUAUCAGGUAACAUCAAUCAUAAACAAAUGCAAGGAAGUUAUGAUGGUUUUGUUGGAGAAUCCCAUCAAACAACCAAACCCAAACGGAUGUCAUUAUCUCCACCAAGCAGUAUGGCUUAGACCUUGCCUUCGUAUAGUAGCAAAAGCACAUGAAUUAGGCUAUGAUGCCGUUGUAAAGUAUGCCGUUAAAAGCAUAGCAAAGUUUGGACACAUUCUUUAUAAUGAAGGAAACACAGAUCCAUCAGCACAAGAUGGUUCUGCCUAUUUCGGCGAGCCUAAUCCGUUUUACAAAGAAGGCGAUGAAUCUUUAAGUGAUAUAAUGAAGGACUGUAUGAAUAUGUUUAAAAAUCUUUCUUUCGAAAUUAAAUAUAAAAUAUUAGCUGAACGUUUACUACGGUACGAUGGUAAAAGCUGCCUUAAAUACUUAAUGUGAAUGACAGAAAAAACACUAGUUAGGAUAAUUUGUUUUCUUGCAGUCAUUUUGCUUGAUAGAUAAAUUAUCAUUAUAAAUAAAUGUACAUGUAUUGUCGUUCACUGUUUUUUAAACAGUAAAGUCUAAAUGUAUGCUAAUUUUUAAAGCUGACAAAAAAAGGCAGGUGUUCCCUGAAUAAUUGAAAACCACUGUAAGAACAGACUUGUGUUUCAAGUUGGAAUUGAGCAUAUAUGAUUCAAGCAUACUUAAGAUAUCGUCAUAAUAACAAUGGAUAUUUAUUUCAAUUAACGUAAUUUUCGCUCGGUUAAAUAUUGACAAAUAAAUUUCAAAUGCUAAUGUUAAAACACGAACCCUUUUGUUUUACUUUUAUGAACAAGUACAACAUCAAUUUAAAUGUUGUAGAUAUAAUUGUUAAUGUUUUGCCUUAUGUUCAAAUGUGGCAUUAUAUCUUUCUUUUUGUUUAGAAAUAAUAAAAACAAAACGAUAUGAUUAAACAUAAAACUUUAAAACCUAAACUUAAAAAUCGAAUAAAUUGCUUUGGUUUUGAUAUUUGUAGUAGUUUAUUGCUAUAAAAAUGAUUGAUUAAUUAUAUUAUAUUUUAUGAUCAGUAUUCCGAUUUAAACUUAGCUUGAAAUAUGACCAGGGUUAUGAUGUAGCUGUAAAAGUGCCCCGAAAUAUCUUUCAUGUAAGUUUGAAUAUAGAAAUCAACUCCAGUUUCAAUUUAAAAAUGUAAUUAUUUUAUUUGAAAAAUAUACAACGUUUCGCAUCAAGUAUACUUUGUUUACAGGAAAAAACGUCAACGAAAUAGCUUUGAAAAUAAAAAAGUGUUCUUAAUUCCGGAUAAAGUCUAUUGUAUUUACAUGACCCUUUAUCGAUUAUUUAUUGUAUUUAUCGACCCUUUAUUAGACCAAAUUG